GUAAUCGGAGCUCAGGUCUACUGUCGAGUUGAGAGUAUUCUCCUCCAGUUAGUGCGGCUGUAUAGAAUUCUUGUGAUUGUGUGUUGAGAAAGAGACUCGUUUAGUAAUUAAUUUGUAUUGAGACAGGACUCCAUUCUUGUGAUAUUGAGACAGACUCGUUUAGUGUUUAUUUUGUAUUGAGGCAGGACUCUAUGCAUUAUGUCGAUGUCUAGAAAAAAGUGUUGUGUUCCUGGGUGUUCUUUCGAUUCAGAAAGUUCACAUCGCACGUUACACUUAUUCCCAAAUCCAGCAAAGGAUAGAGAUCGUUUCAAUCAGUGGGUUUUCUCAAUUGGUGGUGAUAUAAUUGGCUUAGAUAAUGAAGACAUAUAUAAACAUCGCAGUGUCUGUCACUCGCACUUUGAACAAAAGUUUUGUUGCCGAUUUAAUCGGCUAAGUAAAUUAGCAAUGCCUACUCUUAAUAUGCCAGGACACACCACUAUUCCAAAAUUUUCAUUUGUUGAAAGAAGGCCUAUGCGACAAUUGCAAAAUCUUCCAACAAAUACAACUUCAGCCAUAUCUAUGCCUGCCACCGUUACCUCACCCAUACCAUCUACUUCUGCAUCUUUAGCAGGUCUUCAGAUGCAUUCACCAGAAACAGCAGUUGAAGUAAUAACAUCAGUGGAUACUAAUGAAAUCAAGAAUGUCUCUACAUUGAAAGAAAAUAUAGAUCCAGUAGUAACUCAACCAGCUGUGCCAGCCAGAAAAAAUGCUGCGGAAUUCAAUAAAGAAUUUCACAGAAAACACAGUUCAGUUGGUAUCAAGAGGCAUAUAAUAGCAACUCCUGAAGAGAAAAAAUUGCAUCAGAAGUUGUUAAAAAUCAGGAUAAAACUUAGCAAAUGUCGCAACAAAAUGAAGAAGCAAGCUGCCAGCCUACAAGCAGCUAAAAAAAUCACAUCAAACCCAGCACUUUUGUCUGCAAUGGAAAAACUGCCUAGCACAUCAAAGCUAUUGACAUUACUGCAGUUUAGAGAAUCUAAAAAACUCAGAGAGCAGAAAUAA